AGGAUGGAGGAGAUUUCAGAUCCCCAAACACCACUGUUGGAGGAGGGGCGAAAGCCUAACAGCAAGCGCCGAAGCUUGAGUCGUGGGUACUCAGUGAACUCUCUGCUAAGCGAUUUCACUUCGAAAUUGCCUGAAAAGGUCAGAGCUGGGUUAGAUCCUGAAGACCCUUUUCAUAUUGAUUUAUCCAAAGCCAGAACCUUAAACAAAGGGGAAAUUGAGUACUAUGAAAAACAAUUUGCGACACUGAAGACUUUUCAGGAAGUUGACUCUGUAGAAAUGGCUAGCAGCAUUGAUGAGGUUGAAGAUUCUGAAGAACAAGCCCAACAUGAAAAAGCAAUGAAGAUAUCCAAUUACGCAAACAUUUUUCUGCUGGCAUUGAAGAUCUAUGCCACUAUAAAGAGUGGUUCCUUAGCUAUUGCUGCUUCUACACUUGACUCUCUGCUGGAUCUCAUGGCUGGUGGUAUUCUUUGGUUCACACACUUGUCAAUGAAAAAGAUAAAUAUCUACAAAUAUCCUAUCGGAAAGUUGAGGGUGCAACCGGUGGGCAUUAUCAUUUUUGCAGCUGUCAUGGCUACUUUAGGCUUUCAAGUAUUCAUCCAGGCUGUGGAACAACUGAUUGAAGAUGAACCUUCAGAAAAGAUGGACUCAGAACAAUUAGCAUGGUUGUAUGGAAUUAUGCUGUCUGCUACUGUAAUAAAACUUGCUCUCUGGAUUUACUGCAGAAGCUCAGGAAAUGGGAUUGUUCGUGCCUAUGCAGAGGAUCACUAUUUCGAUGUUGUAACAAACAUAGUUGGGUUAGUUGCGGCUGUUCUUGGUGAUAAAUUCUACUGGUGGAUUGACCCUGUUGGUGCAAUUAUUCUUGCCUUCUAUACGAUUUACAACUGGUCUAAGACUGUUUUGCAAAAUGCAGUCUCUCUAGUGGGGCAGUCGGCCCCUCCGGAGUUUUUGCAGAAAUUGACAUACCUGAUCAUAAGGUACAAUCCUCAAAUCAAGCACGUUGACACAGUCCGGGCAUACACUUUCGGUGUUCUUUAUUUUGUGGAGGUUGAUGUUGAACUUCCUGAAGAUUUGCCAUUGAAAGAAGCCCAUGCAAUUGGAGAGUCAUUGCAGGUAAAGAUUGAGAAACUCCCUGAAGUUGAACGAGCAUUUGUUCAUCUCGAUUUUGAAUGCCAACACAAACCAGAGCACUCUAUCCUUAGCAAGUUGCCUAACAGUCAGCCUUGAAUUUGAAUUUGAAAGACCAACAUAAACACACAAGUAUAUGCCACCCUGUGUAUGUAUUUGUGU